AUGCAGGCGAACGAAUAUAACCCCCAAUCAGACCAGAGCAUCCACGAAGUUGUUGUACGGAAAAUCAACACCGCCACAGCAUCAUGGUGGGAUUUAACUACAGAGGGUAUCAUGCAGAGAGAAAGUGUCUAUGAGGCUGUCAGAAGAUUCUAUGGGUCUCUUGAUCGGUUCCAUGUAGAACUAGCAUUGUUCAUAUUUCCAGAGCAUGUACUUGAGGAACAACACCUCAAACUACAUCGAAGGCUCCAAGAUAUGAUUGCCACAGUCAGAAUUCUUACAGAUGUUCAAGACUAUCCACAAACACAAGCAAACAAGGCCGCAAUCCAAAAAAUGACAAAUGGACUUAUUUGGUCCAUGUAUGCUGAUAUGCAUGGGGGGAGGAAUCCUCACGACGAUAACAAGAUUCAUCCUUCUGCGAACCCUCAUACAGAUCCACGCCGCACCAUUGAGUUUAUUGAGAAUUCUUUCAAGGAGACUAUAUUGUGCCCGUGGCACAUCAACAACCCUGAUUAUUGCGAAGCUAUGAAGGCAGAGUCAACUAAUCAAAAUUGGGCUGACUGA